CAGUGCGCCGGCUCCAUGUCGACCUCGGGCAACUGGAUGCCGCGCGCGCUCAAGAAGGGCGACGGCUCGUGGCGUCGCGGCACCGAGUUCAACGUCGACCCGGCCGCAGUCCCGCCGCCUUCAGCCGGCAAGCGCGCAGCGCCAACCACAGCCAAGAGCAUGCUCGACCUGCUCGGCAAGGACACGGGGAAGCUGGGCGGCGUGCCGCGGCAGAGGGGCCCCAUUCCCGCGUGGAGUGGCGGCGCGGGCGAUCUGGAGGACCUCGAGGAGGCCCCGGCCGCCAAGCGCGCAAAGGAGGCGGCGGCCGCCCCGUCACCGGCGCCGGCCGCAGCUGCCCCGGCGCCGUCGGCGGCGGCCUCCUCCGACGCGGCGGCGGCGAGCGGAGCGGCGGCGGACGGUGUAGACGAGAUAACCUCUGCGGCGCCUCGGCUGGCGCAGCACAUUUGCUCGCCCAAGAAGUUCAAUCGCGUGGCUGCGAUGCUCUACUCCCUGCUCGAGUCUGGGCGCGUCAACGCGGAGAACGCGUCGGCCUUCUUCUCGGUGCUCGCGGCGGGCGUGUCCACUCCGCGGGCCUGCCGCGCUCGCGAGCUGCGCGUCGCGUACCGCAGGCUCUACCUGUCCGCCUCCCUCAAGGAGUCGCUCUUUGGGGCAGAGGAGCGGGCGAUGAUCGACGUGUGGCGGCUGCGCGUGCUCGUGCAGAUCGACCUCUGCACCGACGACACCUUCCAGUUCGCCGGCUCGGUCCGCAAGGUGAUCGCAAAGCUCGAGCAGCUGCCGUGCUUCUACCCAGCCCUCGAGCCUGCCGGCGCCGUCCACUUGCCCGAGGCGGAGAGAGGCCGCUGGAUCGACGCCAUAUUCGACUGCGUCGACGCGGCCUUCGAGCAGCACAAGCACGCGUGGGCGCGCAGCUCGGUCGACCUCCUCGUCAAGGCGGCGGUCGAGCGGCGCCAAAACUUCUCCGCGCCGCAGCAGCAGGUGCUGCAGCAGUGGAACGCUGCGUGCAAGGGGCAGAAGAUCCAGCGGCAGCAGCAGGCCGCGCGCGACGAGCGCUCCAAGGACCUCACUUCGUACGAGCGGAAGGAGAAGGAGUGGCAGUCGGCCGACAUCACAACUUCCGACGGCGGCGGAGACCUCGGCGGCGGCAUCGGCAACUGGCUCGCGAAGCAGAACAACAACUAGACGCACGCUCACACACUCUUAGAGAUCAGCGAUGACGGGAGGGAGGACCAGCGCGCCAGACCGGUUUCAGACCCGACCUAGGAGAUGGCAUCUCCGCGCUCCGUCUACCAUAGGGCACACAUAUUCUGUAUCGGCCGUACGCUCUCGCGGGUUCGCCUCUCUCGCACCAGUCGCGUAAGUUUACGCCCGCGCAAUGACCCAAUGUUGUCUAGAGUGUGUGCGCGGCUCUCGAGAUCAUGCUCGAGUCACGACUCGAGAAUGUGUCGAGAUGCGUGCACAGCCCGACAGGCGCUCGCGAUACGCAUUUUGUAAAAUCU